UCACUUCCCAUCUCAUCUCACAUUUUCCAUCCAAAACCCAAAAGUCUCUCCUUUUCUCCCAUUGCUAAGUGGGGUUGAGUUUCCUUCUGUCCCUCCCCUUCUCUCCCGUUUCCUCCUUCCCUUCUCCUCUCUCUCUCUCUCUCUCUCUCUCUCUCUCUUUCCUUCUCUCUCUGUCUCUCUUUGUUAUCAAUAAUCACAAGCAAAAGGAGGGAGAGAAAUCCUCAAGGAAACAGAUUAGGAGAGCUCUUGAUUUCAGAUCUUCCAGCUUGGUCUGUUCACACCUCCAAGCUGCUCUUUGUUGACCGGACCAGAUUUUCAGCUGGAACUAUGUGCUGGGUUUGUAUGGAUGGAGGAAAUUAAUCUGAACAAAGUAGAGAUCUUUGUUUCUGGGUUCUGUCUUUCUUGUAGCAAUUCAAUGUAAAGGAUUCUGAAAAGCAACGACAACUAAUUUUUAGAGUGGAACAGCAUCUGUAAGGAGUUCAAUUUGUUCCUGUCAUCCCCAAUGCAAGGGCAAAGGGGUAAGAUGGUUUCCCUGCCUGAAACUUUCGAGAUUGACCGAACGUCCUCCUCAAGUGGAGCCACGAUUGAUCAGCAGCUCUGUUGGAAUGAUAUGAGAGGCCCACCGGAAACCCAUUUCUCGGGUUUUAUGCUCCCACCAAAUGAUAGUAGCAUUCCCUUCAUGGAUUCAAUUGGUCAGGAGCAGCGGAAUUUGAAUGGAUAUAGUUUGGGCGAGGCCAGUUCAAGCAGUGGUCCCUACAGGUCCAGCAAUAGCGAGUGGAAAGUGGAGAAUGGGUGGCCUUCUACUGUGGGGAGACAUGGUCCGAGGAUCGAAGAUCAACGGUACGGACCGAGCAAUGGUGCAUUGUCAUUGGAUAAUGCAAGUAUUAACCCGAUGUUCGUUCAGGGUUCUGUGUCUAGUUCUUUUCCACCGAAUAUUAUCUCCACUGGAGAAUAUGUGGGUCCCAGCGGUGAGAACCCUCCGCUUAUGGAAUACCCAAAUUUGUACAAGUCGGGUGGUUCCAGUAAUAAUCAGAGAUUUCCUAUCCCGCCAGGUAGUCAGGCCGAUCCCUUGAUCCCUUCAGGAAGCGGUGGAUAUGUGAGGGAAGAGAGUGAAGUUAGGUUAGGAGGCUCGUUCGAUGGCAGGCGCGUCCCGUGUAAGAGAAAGUCCUUCGAAGGGCAUGUUGGGCAAUCUUCUUUAGCUGAAAACCCGAAUUUUCCCCAGCCCAUGGAGAGUAGCCUUUGGCAUGCUACUCCGCCCUGUUUUAAUAUGAGUAGUGGGCCUGCUGCUCAGCAACUUCCUGAGCAAGUGGCCCCAAGGCUAGCCUUGGAUUUGGCUGGGGGAGCAGUUGCUCGAGGUCUUCCUGAUAUGGAAAGCGCCGAAAUCUCGCACAGAAAUUUCCGGUUGAGGGUUAAUUCUUCAGGUCAGAAUGAUCUGAGGUCUACCUCCUUACCUCCUUCUGCAUUGGCUGCUGCUGGAAGUCCUGGUGUUAUUUCUGCCCCACAGUCAUCUUCAAGACUCCUUGUGACUAAUCGUUCCUUGGAAUUGCCACCUCCAUUGGCCUUAAACGGCUCUGCCCCUCAAGGUCCGCAACCUUUGCUUCAAGUUCCCGCUAUGGCACCAGGUGGGCAUUCAGUUCGGUGGAGUAGAGGACUCGUACCAAGAACCAACGGCUUCUCUCCAAGUAUAAUCCUCCCUGAUGAAGCUAGUUCAAGUGGUGGCUCAAGGAACAUGUUACAACAUUCUAUGUUUGUACCAAAUGUGAGUUCUUUGUCAGCUAGAGGUCUUGCGAGUGCAGGCAGUAGCGGCUUUCAAAGAAAUGCCGAUUCUGCACCUCGGGCCAGUUCCAGCUCAGCUGCCCCUCAGCUACCUCAUCAUGGCUCAGCACCUCAGCCCAAUCAUCACCAUUCCCGGUAUCCUCGGAGAUUGUCUGAAUAUGUUCGUAGGCAGUUGUUGUCUACUAUUGGUUCAGACUCAGCAGCAGCUCAGGGCAGUCAGACUUCAAACAGUUCGGGUCGUCCUGUGUUAUCGCAGGAUGUUUUGCUUUCUUCUGGACCCGGUAGCUCAAGUCAUCGGCAUUCAUUAUCCAGGUCAGCAUUUUGGAUGGAGAGACAAGGGGACAGUGUGGUUGGGUUUCCUUACCCAGUGAGAACUUUAUCUGCUAGCGAAGGCCGAAGGAGGCUUGCGUCCGAGAUUCGAAGUGUACUCGAGCUUGUUCGACGGGGAGAGGGUGGUUUUCGAGUUGAGGAUGUUAUGAUUCUCGACCCAUCAAUGCUCUGGGGGGUAGCAGACAUGCAUGAUCGGCACAGGGACAUGAGGCUCGAUGUCGAUAACAUGUCCUACGAGGAAUUAUUGGCCCUUGAAGAACGGAUCGGGAAUGUUAGUACAGGAUUGAAUGAAGAGACCAUAUUAGCUCGUAUGAAUCAGCGGAAGUACUCAAAUAUGUAUAACACCGAGAUGGAGGCUGAACCAUGCUGUGUUUGUCAGGAGGAGUACAAUGAUGGCGAAGACAUUGGAACUCUCGAGUGUGGACAUGAUUUUCACAGAGACUGCAUCAAGCAAUGGCUCAUGCACAAGAACUUGUGCCCAAUUUGCAAGACGGCGGGUCUGUCAACAUAGGAAGAUCCCGGGGACGAUACCGUCGUUUUCCCGGAAUUGUUCGAAGAUGGAAAUCAAUUCGGGGGGCCUGGGAGGGCCACCUUCCCUAUCAACAUUUUGCUGGAUCAAAUCAUUGGGAACAUCGCUCAGUCGGUUCCUUUGUUACUGGAAGAGGGGGAGGCGCCGUGUUUCAACCUGAAAGCUGGUUGAUCUCCUCCAGGGUGGUGGGGCAAGCUUGGUUUGAAGGAAAAAUGGUUAAAACAAAAUUUACUUUUGCUACAAUUUUUUUAUUGCUGGAUGUUUAUGUUAUGAGAUAUUUUAUUGUCAGGCUCGGUGAGCCCUUAGAAUUCUGGAAAUACCUCCAUGAGAAUUCGAUGGAGAAUUAUUUUAUUCGGUACUUGAUAAUCAAUAGUGGUACAUUCUUAUUCA